AUGCCUGCCGAGCAGCAGCAGCAGCGAGAAGACGGGUACAGUAGCGUUGGUGUUCCCCCUUCUGAGGCCUUUGAAGGCUUGGCGAAAUCUUAUCACGGGUGGGUGCCGAGAAACGCCAAGGCCCGGAUUGCACCGAAACACGUCCACGUUGACCGCUCCUCCAUCAUAAGACACGCGCAAGCCGUCAUAGGUUACUGCGGAAGUGUGGUCGAAUGGAUUCUCUUGGGGAGGGGCCCAAUGACCAUGACCAUGCCCAGUAGCUUACGAGGGCCAAUGCUCAUCAUAGUGGACUCGUCCAGCCUAAGCCGAGCCUUUUGGCCCCAGUGCCACGGUCUUGGCUGA